AUGGUGCACUGCAAGCAGGCGCGCAGGAGGCCCAAAGGCGCCGCCGAUGCUCGCAAGAACCGGGAGCGCGCGCCCGGCGGGCCGCUCCCCGGGUACAUGAGGCCGACCAGCAGCUCCGGCGCCAGGGCUGGCCGCGAGUCGGCCACCGCCGCGCCCCCGCCGGAGCGCGAGUCGGCGGCGCCCUGCCCGAGGACGCCGACCGCGGCCCGCGCGACGUGCUCCUCCGCCCUGAGGAGCGCCCUCGCCCGCGGCGGCGGUGAGGGCCGCGCGUGCCGGUACGCCUACUGCUCGCUCAAGGGCCACGCCCACGCCCCCGUCGCGCCGCCGCUCGGGACCUUCGUGGCGGCGCGGAGGCGGCUGAUCAAGACGGAGCAGCGCAUGAAGCACAGGGGCGUCUCCGCCUUCCGCAACACCAAGACCAACAAUGCUGCCGGCCUCGGCGGCCACGGUCUCUUCGUCGUCCAGGUAUAUCCCAACGCCGCCACCAGCGCCAGGGCGGCCAGCUCGGGCUCGAGCUGCAGCGGCCUCUCCGCGGAGGAGAUGGAGGCGGCGGUCGCUUUCGGCCGCCGGGAGGCGCAGGGCAAGUGGGGCGGUCCGGAUGGCUCUGUCGACGGCUCCUGCGGGUCCAGCGACGUGAUCUCGGAUGGCUUCGCCGAGCCGGCGGCGACGGUGACGGCGAGGUCUCGCAGACCCAAAGAUGCGAUUGAUGGAGACGGGGACGCUUGGGGUCGUCAGGAUCAAGAAGCAGAGGACUCUGGCGGCUGCUGCAGGUCCGAUAUCUCAGAGGAGCUGGGUGCAACAUACCAAGAUCAUGGCAGCGGUGUCACUUCAGUGGAAUCCUCAAUGGACGACAUAUCCAGUGCGUUCGGCGGGAUGUGCUUCGAAGAUGCAGGUUCUGAUCCUACCGAUGGCCAGAGGAACAAGUUGACCAUGUCCACGAGGGGAACAGCACCUAGAGACGAGGAGCGAAUCCGGCCAUUCAAUCCCAGGGCUCCAAACUUUCUUCAGGUAGAGCCUGAUGCAGAUGCUGAGAAGGUUGAUCUCAGGCAUCAGGAGGCCGAUGAUCGCAAGAAUGCAGAGGAGUGGAUGGUUGAUUAUGCGCUUAGGAGGACGGUCAACAAACUAGCUCGUGCUCAGAAGAGGAAGGUGGAGAUGCUCGUCCAGGCCUUUGAAGCUGUGCUACCACCAGUUCCAGGUGAGAAAAACGCCGUGCAACAAGACGGUGACAAGAAAGGCUUCGCACAGGCUAGGGCACGGCAGGCAUUCAGCUGA